AUGAACGAACCAGCUGUAUCAGCAAAAGAAUUUGUGAAGUGUCAAAUAAGUGAUUUAGCUUUCAACGAAUGUGUUAGAGCCGGAUUACAAAGUGCAAUUCCUCAAUUAGCAAUGGGUGUUCCUAGUCUUGGUUUGCUUAAAAUGGAUCCAUUGAGAGUUUCAAAAUUAGGAAUAGACCAAGGGACUCCAUCAAUCAAACUCAGCCUCAAUUUUAAGGAUCUGGAUAUAAUAAAUAUGAGAUCUUUGAUAAUAAAAAAAGCCAUUUACGAUCCGGUAAACUACAGCAUGUUAAUUGAAUCUGAAGCUCAAAAACCAAUUAUUCUACAAGGGCUAUACGAAAUGAAUGGACAAAUAUUAGUUUUACCCAUCAUAGGAAACGGACGAUGCAAAAUUAGCUUAGAAAACUUCAAGCUUGCUGGUAAAUUGAAAAUGACACACGCUUUAAAAAAUGGAACAAUAUUCUUAGUAAUACAAGAUUUAUCUUGGAAAUUUACUACUUCAAGAAUAAAUAUUAAUUUCGAUAACUUGUUUAAUGGAAACAAAGUUCUUGGAGAUCACAUGAAUAUUUUUCUUAACGAAAACUGGCGAGAAUUAUUUGAUGAAAUGCAAUCGGCAUUUGAACAAGCAUUAAGUUCUGCUUUUAUUGGAAUUAUCCAACAGUUUUUGAAUCAAGUCCCACUAAACCAAAUUUUUAAUCAUUAA